UUCUGAAUCUGUUCUUUUAAGCUGAAACUGGAACUGGGUCUAGAAGGUCAUUCUCUGCGUGGCUUAAUACGAAAUCUGGUGACUAUGUCUAAGCUAAUUGAACUGAAGCAAGAUGGUGAUUUGGAAAAAUUGUUAGAGGAAAAUAAGACAAAGUUGGUUGUUGUUGAUUUCUUUGCUACUUGGUGCGGCCCAUGUAAAACCAUAGCCCCACUGUUCAAAGAACUGAGUGAGAAGUAUGACGCGGUCUUUGUGAAAGUCGAUGUCGACAAACUUGAAGAGACCGCCAGAUCCCAUAAUAUCUCGGCUAUGCCAACGUUUAUAGCAUUAAAAAAUGGUGAAAAAGUUGGUGAGGUUGUUGGAGCUUCUAUUGCUAAAGUUGAGGAUAUGAUCAAGAAACAUAUUUAGUUUCUGUAUUCUGGUAUUAAUAUACAUUUAAGUAUGCGUUUAUAAAUGUAUAUGUAUGAACGUUUUCAUUUAAAAUAAAUUAUACUCUUAC